AAAAAAAUAUUUUUCAUGGGGUGUUGUACUAAAAAUGAUCGGCGGUUAACGAUGCAGAUAUCAGCUAACAAUAGGUUGUGUUCACGUGUGCCUUCAGGUCCGAGAACGAGACGGGUGAAGAGGUCGAUUGACACGAAAGCCGCUGGUUCAACACCCGAAGAGAAAAGGCCGAGGACUGCAUUCAGUGGUGAUCAAUUAGCGAGGCUAAAGCGUGAAUUUGCUGAAAAUCGGUAUCUCACAGAGCGUAGACGACAGCAAUUGUCCAAGGAUUUGGGCCUCAACGAGGCGCAGAUAAAAAUAUGGUUCCAGAAUAAGCGGGCGAAAAUAAAAAAAGCCAGUGGUCAAAAAAAUCCACUGGCCCUUCAGCUAAUGGCACAGGGCCUCUACAAUCAUUCCACUGUGCCACUCACUAAAGAGGAGGAAGAACAGGCCGCAGAACUCCAGACAAAGUGAUGAAAAUUAUUUUUUAGUCUUAUCAAAUAAUUCGAAAAAUUAUUUUCGCUGAUAACAUCGACUGUACAAAUUAUGAGAAAUCAUUUCGCAUUAUUUUCUUUUCCCCCUCUGUAUCGUGUAUUUAUUAUUGAUAGAUGAAAAUUACAAGGGGUGCGACAAAGAAACUGCACUCUCCAAUACUUCGUGAAUGAAAUUGUUUUUUAAUGAAUGCAUGGAACAAAGCUCAGUGCCAUUUUAUUUAUUUAUUUUCAUUUCAUAAAUUUCUUCAUCGAUGAUGAUGAAAUUAUAAUGUAAAAGAAAUUCGCCGCGCUUGAGAUAUAGCUCAUUAAUUUAUUGUAAAAUACCGAUGAUAAAUAAAAAUUGUAAAAUGAUGUAAUGAAUUCUCAAAGCAAAAUGAAAAAUUGCGAUGUGCAAUAAAUCUUCGUGAGGAGUUGAACGACGAGAACUUCAGUAUGAAAUUAUGAAUGAAAAGUGAACUACUUUUACUGUACAUGUGUGUGUGUGUGUGGAAGAGACAGAUUUAAAAUACUGUGACAUGUGAAUAUACCUGAAAAAAGUCACCCCUAGUGGUAACAUUUCCUAUAGACUGUUUAAAAUAAAGUAUCUUAGUUAUUUAUUUACGUUUAAGUAUGUGAGAAAAAUGAAUAAACGCAAAUU